AUGCAAUGGUGGGGACGCUCCGAGAGCCCUCAUGAGCAUCAGCAGAACCUUUUGCUGUCCCGCAUCGUCACCAACGUGGUACGCAUCAUCCGUUGGGCCAAAGGAAGCACCGCUAACGCCGAACCGCAGGAGAAGCUCAACGAAGCCGUCGUCGUCAUGAACAAGACUCUCCAGGACAUCAACAUUCAAAACAUGAACGUCGAACUGGUGGCACAGAUGUUCAAGAACUACCAAUCCAACGUCCUAUUUCAUCUCGAAGGUUCGUCUACGACUCGUCCGGCCUUGAGUCCUUUCGCGCUAACGAAGAUGCUUGUCCACAGCAACGGACAACCUCAAACCGCCGUCAUGACCUUGACUAUUCUCCAGUUGUCGUUGGUGCGCGAUGCCGCAUCACUCGCCACCAAUGGACGGGGGAGGCAGAGCCGACGCCGAAGCUGA